AUGGUGGGUCCCGAGGAUGCUGGAGCUUGUUCGGGACGAAACCCCAAGUUGCUCCCUGUGCCGGCGCCGGAGCUGGCGGGCCAGGACGGGAAGAUGAUCCGGGCCACUGGCGGCUUUGGCGGAGGCGUCGGCGCUGUGGAGCCACCGGAGGAGGAGGAGGAGGAGGAGGAGGAGGAGGAAGAGAAGGAGGAGACGCCGCCUCGUCAGCUCCUUCAGCGUUACCUCGCGGCGGCCGGGGAGCAGCUGGAGCCGGGACUCUGCUCCUGCCCGCUCGCGGCCGGCCAGGCCCACGCCCCGCCGUUCUCGGCAGCCGCACGCUCGGGCGCCUGCCUGCUAGGCUCGGGCUCCAAGCUCCGUGGCACAGAGGCGGCGGCUGGCUGCGCGCCCCGGCACGGAGGCAUGACCAACGGGGACUCGGGCUUCCUGGCCGACCGGGACUGUCGCAGCCUGGAGGACGCUCACGGGUUACCCCGCGUCGGCGGCUGGGAGCCGCGCGGCCGCCCCCGCUGCGGCCGCUUGUGCCUGGAAAGGCCUGGUGACGGGGACGCGGACGGCGCGGGCAGCCCCUCGGACUGGGCCGCGCCGCUGGAGGACCCGCUGCGGAGCUGCUGUCUGGAAGGCGCCGACCCCGUCACCCACGAGGGCGCGAGCAGCGACUCGGGGGGCAGUUCUGUGAGCGGAGGCGGCAGCAGCGAGGACUUGGAGCACCCGGGAGGGGGCGCCGGGGGUCCCCAGGAGGGCACGUCCCCCGCCGCCUUGACCGAGAGGACUAGCGGGGGCGCGGGCGCCGCGUCGCGCCCGGCUUUCUCCGACGUUUACUUGAACUCUCGGAACACGUUCGAGGUGAGCCGCCGACACAGCGCCGGCGACCACCUGUCCCCGGAGGUGGCGCCGCAGUCCCCGCCCGCUGCAGAGCCGGGGCCGGUGGGGGCGGCGGCCCGAGCGCGACGGAGCGGCGGCUUCGCCGAGUUCUUCGCCAGAAACCUUUUCCCAAAAAAGACAAAGGAACUCAAAUCAGUUGCCCCUAGUGCGCCUGGCUGGAAAUUAUUUGGUAAAGUUCCUCCCCGAGAGAAUCUUCAGAAAACUUCCAAAAUCAUUCAGCAGGAAUAUGAAGCACGAACAGGGAGAACCUGUAAACCACCACCACAGUCUUCAAGACGUAAGAAUUUUGAAUUUGAGCCACUUUCUACCACUGCCUUGAUUCUUGAGGAUCGACCAUCAAAUCUUCCUGCCAAAUCCGUGGAAGAAGCUAUACGUCACAGACAAGAAUAUGAUGAGAUGGUAGCUGAGGCUAAAAAACGAGAAAUUAAAGAAGCACAUAAAAGAAAAAAAAUAAUGAAAGAACGAUUUAAGCAGGAAGAAAAUAUUGCAAGUGCAAUGGUAAUUUGGAUCAAUGAAAUCCUACCCAAUUGGGAAGUAAUGCGUAGUACAAGAAGAGUUCGAGAAUUGUGGUGGCAGGGAUUGCCCCCUAGUGUUCGUGGGAAAGUUUGGAGUCUAGCUGUAGGAAAUGAACUAAAUAUCACUCCUGAACUUUAUGAAAUCUUCCUCUCAAGAGCAAAAGAGCGAUGGAAAAGCUUCAGUGAAACAAGUUCAGAGAAUGAUAUAGAAGGUGUAUCUGUUGCUGAUCGUGAAGCCAGUUUGGAAUUAAUUAAACUGGACAUAUCCCGUACAUUUCCGUCUCUCUACAUCUUUCAGAAGGGUGGCCCAUAUCAUGAUGUCUUACAUAGUAUUUUAGGGGCCUAUACAUGUUACAGACCUGACGUUGGUUAUGUGCAAGGAAUGUCCUUCAUUGCAGCAGUACUCAUUCUGAAUUUGGAAGAAGCAGAUGCCUUCAUUGCAUUUGCAAAUCUACUGAAUAAGCCAUGCCAGUUGGCCUUUUUCCGAGUCGAUCAUAGCAUGAUGUUGAAAUAUUUUGCAACAUUUGAAGUAUUCUUUGAAGAAAAUCUCUCCAAACUGUUUCUUCAUUUCAAGUCUUACAGCCUUACACCAGACAUAUACUUGAUAGAUUGGAUCUUCACAUUGUAUAGCAAAUCACUACCACUUGAUUUGGCCUGUCGAGUCUGGGAUGUAUUUUGCAGAGAUGGGGAGGAAUUUUUAUUUAGGACUGGCUUAGGAAUCCUUCGAUUAUAUGAAGACAUUCUCCUACAGAUGGAUUUUAUUCAUAUAGCACAGUUUCUAACUAAAUUGCCAGAAGAUAUUACAUCAGAAAAGCUGUUCGGCUGUAUUGCAGCUAUUCAGAUGCAGAAUAGCACCAAAAAAUGGACUCAGGUCUUUGCAUCUGUAAUGAAGGAUAUCAAAGAAGGAGACAAGAACAGUAGUCCUGCUCUGAAAAGCUAAUCUUCAAAAUUAAUAGACUAAGUAAAAUAUUAAAAUGCUUUUUUGAUAAAAUUUUUUUGUUUCCUAUAUAAAAAAGCAUGUAGGAAAAUAUUGGGGAAAUCAAAAAGAAUCAAGAUCGGGAAAACUGCGUAUUUUGAAUUCUGUGGUUAACAUAAUGAAAUGCUACUGACAGUAUUAUGAAAAAGUAUUUUGUAGGAGGAGCCGUUUUACAAAAGUAAAAGUUUAAAUAGUUUCAUACUCCAUAAUUUGGAGUGAAUAGUUCAAUGCAAUAAAUUUUUUAAAUCAUUUUGGAGA